AUGUCGGCCGCCUUGCUGCGGCGAGGCUUGGAGCUGUUGGGGGCUCCUGAGGCCCCCGGAGCCGCUCCGGGACACACCAAACCAAGCCAAGCUCCGACGAAGCGGACCCGGAAGGCGAAGGCGACCCAGGCACAGAAACUGCGGAACUCCGCCAAGGGAAGGGUGCCCAAGUCGGCGCUAGCUGAGUUCCGGAAGAGAGAGCGUCGAGGUUACCUUGGAGUAAACCUGAGGUUUAUGACCAGUGCAAGAAGCACAGUGGACGAAUCCAUCACCCGGCAGAUUGUGCGCCAGAACCGAGGCCGCAAGGCCUGUGACCGGCCUGUGACCAAGACCAAGAAGAAGAAGAAGGCCGAGAGCACCGUGUUCACCGAGGAAGACUUCCAGAAGUUCCAGCAGGAAUACUUCGGCAGCUAG